AUGAGCUCCUCAGAUCCCAUCGUCGCGUCGUAUGACGUGUUUCUCACAGACUCGCAAAUCGCACGAUAUGUUCUUCAAUACCCUGACCGCGAGCUUAACAAUGAUAAACCUUACGAAGAUCAAAACAGACCCAAACCCACUGGUCUCCGACUCAAGCCCAAAACGGGCCUGGUCGAAGUCGAAGUGCCUAUCAACACCUCAUCUGAUGUUUACGAUGUGAAUAAAGGGCUGAAGUACGGAGAAGCGAUGAAGCAGAGCCGUGUACUGAGAGAAGGAGGCGCUUUUGGACUCGCAGGCGGGUUUAAUUCGCAGAGCGGCGCUGCUGCAGCGGCUAGUCGCGUGAAGAUGGAGGGCGACAAUGGAAUGCAGGAUGUGAAGAGUUCGAAAACCCAAACGAUCCUACGAAAUCAGACUCUUGCGGGCAGAAUAAAGGAGCCUGAAGAUGGCGAACCCGUUUAUAUGCUUGGAGCUUUUAGAGGAUCCAAUUUCUUUCUUUCCCCGGUGACAGCAGUAGUACAACUACGCCCCCAGCUACAUCAUCUUGAUGCAUCCGAAGAGGUGUCCAGAGCACGAAUUACGCGUGGGAAAAAGGACCUCGAAGAGGACGGCGCAGUCAGGGAAGCCGAAGCCAGAGCCGUCGAUGUCAAGGUCAAAUCGGCAGAAGCUGGCGAAGCUGCUCCGCCGGGUAAUAUGGAGUUAUUAAAGAAGAUACAGGACGAGAAAUGGGAAUCAUAUGAGUGGCUAGAUUCAGAGACCGAAGAAGCGUGGGUUACGUAUGAGAAUUAUAUGAUUCAUCAGAAUCCAGAAGAACUUCCCCAACUGCAAACUGCCCUUGACGGUGAAGGCUAUCUGGAUGUGAUGAGUGCGCCUCGAGUCGAUCCUGCACGUCCCGAGAUGACCGGAUGGGCGAUGAAACAGAACAGAAGGAAGCAAAGAACCAGAGAUAGUUAA